AGAAGUGGAGAUAUGUAUUUAGCUUUGCUAUAUCUUGCAUGGAACUCUCUUUCUACAGAUGUUUCACUUAAGGAAUAUGCAGGCAGCUUUCCUUCCCUGUGGAUUUGAAGUUAUGUGGGCCUGAUAUUGGCAGUGGUUAGUUUACCUUCUAAAUAUGUGGACUUCCAUUGUCACUUGAACUAGGCCAGGUCUUCCAUGUCCAUGUUUCGGCUCCGAGCUGUGACUGGGAGCUGCUACCUGCGCAGGUUUCUGCAUGGGGGGGCAGCGAACCGGGACCAUGUUUUGGAGCAGCUUGGCAUCUGCUCUGGUGAAGACCAAGUGUUGGAGGUGGUGGGCAAGAACAAGGCCAAGCUGACUGUGAACCAUGUUGGCUGUGCCAUGGGCAUGCUCUGGCAGUUCCAGAAGGAGAAGCCACAGAUGUUGAGAACAGUUGAGUUCAUCAAAAGCCACCCAGAGUUCCUGACUCUCCGGGUGCUGGCUGAGAACAAAAUUGAGCUCAUGGAUGAUGUCACGUUGGUGGACAUGCUCUACAAUGUUCUCAGGUACAGAUGUUGGCUAAGUGGUGGUUAAGCAUAUAUACUUAGUCCUGAAAUGUUUGUUUACAUUUUCACAGCAAUGUUGUAUUUUCUAAUUUGAAGGCUCAAUGUGGAACCAUAUGAUUCUCUUGCUCAGCAUUUGGUGUCAGAGGCCUGGCUCAGAUUAUACAGGUAAAUCGAUAACAUUUUGUUAUUUUGCUAUUGAAUACUACAUACUUAAAGCAGAACCAUUCUCUUUUAACAUGGGGGUGUGAGCUGGUGUACAGAUGUGGAUUGAUUCACUGUUUUGCAGAUUGCCAAUGCCAUCACUGUCCAAGUUUGCUGUCUGCCUAAGUGAUCAACAUCUGCAGCACAGUCCUCUAAUGGGUCAAAUCACUGACAUUUUGAAUCAGAAACUCUCCUCAAUUGAUGAUGCCAGGUACAAAAAAAACAUCAGUAUUGGUAAGUCCUUGAUACUACUCCUUAAUUUUUCAAAUUUCUGGACAUGUCUCUGCAGGAUCCUGACAACCCUCAUGAUCAGCGUGACAUCUUUGGUGUCCCCUCAUCUGCGGGAUAAACUCAUCAGUAAGGCAGAUCAUCUCCUGGACACCAUGGAUCCCUCACACUACAACAACCCCAGGAGGAUGGUGCAGUUCCUGCGCAACAUCAAGUAUAGUUACCGUCCCCUGCUGGAGAAGUGCAACCAUAUUCUCCUGCGCAAUGUUCCCCAACUAGAUGCAGAGAACAUAAGCAUCAUCAUGGGGCUCUACCAGUCACUGCAGUUCAACAACUGCGACUUCCGUCUGGCUGCAAAACAGAGGCUAAUGGAACUUGUGGAUUCGAGCGCAGACCCUUUCUCCUUCACCAAACUGUUUGUUGCUCUUGGGCCUAUGGCAGGGCAGGACACCAAAGAGAGGUAGAUUGAACAUUUUAGUAUGCCGAAACCAUAACCUGUUUCAAUAACUGUAUAGUUUUACAACUUUUAAUCCUGAUGCAAGUUCAAUUCACACACUAUUUUUCAACUAAUUUACAUUGCCUUCAGAAAGUAUUCACACCCCUUAUAAUAUAUAAUAUGCCAUUUAGCAGACGCUUUUAUCCAAAGCGACUUACAGUCAUGUGCGCAUACAUUUUUACGUAUGGGUGGUCCCGGGGAUUGAACCCACUACCCUGGCGUUACAAGCGCCAUGCUCUACCAAUUGAGCUACAGAGGACCACACUUGACUUUUUCGACAUUUUGUUGUGUUACAAAGUGGGAUUAAAAUGGAUUUAAUUGUAAUUUUUGGUCAACAAUAUACAUAAAAUACUCUAAUGUCAAAGUGGAAGAAAAAGUAUAAUUUUUAAUUAAUGGCAAAUAAAACACUCAUAUUUUGAUUAGAUAAGUAUUCAACCCCCUGAGUCAAUACAUGUUAGAAUCACCUUUGGCAGCGACUACCACUGUGAGUCUUUCUGGGUUAGUCUCUAAGAGCUUUGCGAACCUGGAUUGUACAAUAUUUGCCUGUUUUUCUUUCAAAAAAUUAUUCAAGCUCUGUCAAGUUGGUUGUUGAUCAUUGCUAGACAGCCAUUUUCAAGUCUUACCAUAGAUUUCCAAGCCAAUUGAAGUCAAAACUGUAACUAGGCCACUCAGGAACAUUCAAUGUCAUCUUGGUAAGUAACUCCAGUGUAUAUUUGGCCUUGUGUUUUAGGUUAUUGUCCUGCUGAAAGGUGGAUUUGUCUCCCAGUGGAUUUGUCUCCCAGAAAGACUGAACCAGGUUUUCCUCUAGGAGUUUGCCUGUGCUUAGCUCUAAUUAUUUUAUUAUUAUCCUAAAAAAACUCCCUAGUCCUUGUCGAUGACAAGCAUACACAUGAUGCAGCCACCACCAUUCUUGAAAAUAUGAGGAGUGGUACUCAGUGAUGUGUUGUGUUGGAUUUGCCCCAAACAUAAUGCUUUGUAUUCAGGACAAAACAUGUAUUUGCCACAUGUUUUGCAGUAUUACUUUAGUGCCUUAUUGCAAUCAGGAUGCAUGUUUUGUAAUAUUUUUUUUCUGUUCUGGCUUCCUUCUUUUCACUCUGUCAAUUAGGUUAGUAUUGUGGAGUAAGUACAAUGUUGUUGAUCCAUCCUCCAUUUUCUCCUAUCACAGCCAUUUAACUCUGUAACUGGUUUAAAAUCACCAUUGGCCUCAUGGUGAAAUUCCUGAGCGGUUUCUUUCCUCUCCGUCAACUGAGUUAAAAGGACACCUGUAUCUUUGUAGUGACUGGGUGUAUUGAUACACCAUCCAAAGUGUAAUUAAUAACUUCACCAUGCUCAAAGGGAAUUUCAAUGCCCUUCUUUGCGAGGCAUUGGAAAACCUCCCUGGUUUUUUUAAGUUGAAUCUGUGCUUGAAAUUCACUGCUCGACUGAGGGACCAUACAUGUAAUUGUAUGUGUGGGUUACAGAGAUGGGGUAGUCAUUCAAACAUCAUGUUAAACACCAUUAUUGCACACAGAGUUAGUCCAUGCAACUUAUUAUCGGACUUUUUAAGCUAAUUUUUACUCCUGAAGUUAUUUAGGCUUGCAAUAACAAAGGGGUUGAAUCUAGACAUUUCGGCUUUUCAUUUUUAAUUAAUUUGUAAACAUUUCUAAAAACAUAAUUCCACUUUGAGAUGAUGGGGAAUUGUGUGUAGAUCAGUGACACAUCUCAAUUGAAUCCAUUUAAAAUACAGGCUGUAAUACAACAAAAUGUGGAAAAAGUCAAGGGGUGUGAAUACUUUCUGAAGACACUAACCACUUCUCUUUCAGGCUGGAGAGUACAGCACUGCUAAUGGCAGAAGAGUUUAAUGCCCAGCAGGCCCUAGCUGUGGCAGAGACACUAGAGGAGAUUCAGUGUAGAAACCUGAAUCUGAUCCAAAAGUAAGUUCAUUCUCUGUUACAGCCAUGUCUGAAUGUUGCAUGUAGACAGUAGAACUAAGACGAGUUCCUUUUCAGUCAGUUAACUUUGGUACAACAUACUAUGGGGAGUCGCACUCUCGCGACUUCGGUUGAAGGAUCUACAAUCACGCCUGACAAGUCCAAUGAAAUCCGCACCUUGCUGGAAGCCCUGCCUUCUCGGAUUAAUUCCUUCAAUUAUUCUGUGUUUCACCUCGGUGUGAACAGGAACGAUUCACGCUACUAAAACAAACUACGUUGCGCCAACUAAACUGUCCCAUAGUGGGAGAGAGUGCUCACCCCCUGGAUGUUGUGUACUGAAGUUUGUACAUGUUCUCAUAAAUUUUCUGAUCACAGACGAUUAGUUAUUCUUCAAUUUGCUGGUGCAAUGAGUAAAAUGGCUAAGAAAAUGACCGAGACGACGAUGGCUAAGCCGGGGUCGAUCAUGCCCCCAGUCAUGCGAUUACGGCAUUUCUCUGAAAGAUAGGGGAAAGGGAUCUAUGUGUAGUUUGUCUCGGCUUGGAGCCCGCUCAGGCGGCCCUCACUCAAACCAGUCCGUGUGCGCAUUUUCACGUACUGUGUACAAACUCCCUGGAAAGACAUGUAGCAUUCUUGAGGAAGCUUGGAAUUACAGAUGGCUACUUUCCUUUCCCGGAUGCCAGGAAGCAGAGUUAGAUUGGGUGGUCGGUACAAAUGUCUGCGUGGGGUAUGCGGUGGCUGCCCGUGCCCAACCUGUCUCCUGUAUGCUCUGUUGCCGGUUAUGGGAGGCUACUCAAAGAGAGAGGGCGGCCAUGUUCUGUGGGUACCUCCCUGCCGCCUGUGUCUGUCUCGGUCAAGCACCGAUUGCCUCUCUUCCCAGACUUGUUGAUGAAGUGUCCGGUCCCAAUGGUGGAGUUGCUGGGGUAGCUCUCUUGUUUAGUAUACGUAGCGUUAAGUCACUUGGUUAUUCUAAACGGACCGUGUUGCGGUCAAAUAGUCUAGCUAGCCUAGCUUAGGCUAAAAAGCCCCCUGGCUAACGUUGGCUAGCAUGCUUAACUUCCCUUGACUGGAAGUUAUUCGCUUUCCCACGGCGUUAUGGCAACCCUAUUCCUAUUUUCAAUUCCUGGAGUUCACAGGUAUUAAAAGUGUUGUCUUCCGUAUGUGAGUUCGAUGAAAAGUGUUCCUUCUCCAUUUUCAGACAUAUAGUUAUCAAGAGUGGUAGAAAUGGAAGAAGAACCCAUUUCUCCCAGUCCACAAGGUGGCGUCCCGCCCCUUCAGAUGGCACGUCACGGUAGUCUCGUUGUCUUCUCCAACCAAUGGUGCGCAUGUGCAGUGUCGCCCUGGUCAUGCGAAUGUUGACGUCAAGGUACAGGCUACAAUUUGUGUGCGUCCCCCACACUUCUGCAGCAUCAUCACAUCGACUGUUCCCGAGGCCUCAGUGCCCGUUUUGAGGAACGAAAUAUCCUCCCGUCUCCAGAAGCAGGCAAUCUGAGUGGUUCCUAUGUCAAAGAUCCGGGACUGUGCCGGUAUACCUGGUUACGAAAAGGGACAGACGGGACAUUACAUCCCAUUCUAGACAUACGUGCCCUCAGCAAGUACCUCAGUCUACAAACUCAGAAUGCUCACGAGCUGCCGGCUAUUACAGCGAUUGGCUGGUGGCAGUGGAGUCUAGGGGGCAAGCAGUGUUCCACACAUCCAUGCUACUGUCCCGUAUUCAGUCUCUAGGCUUCCAGAAAAAGAUCUGUCUGACUCCAUCUCAGCGCAUUCUGUUUCUGGGUCUCGCGCUAGACUCACUCGUGUAUCACACUUUUCUAACCCCACAGAGGGUGUCUGGGUUCUGGGCCUGCUUAGCCAAAUUUUGGCUCGGUCACACAAAACGUUUUUGCCAGUCGCUUUGGGUGUCCCUGUCAGGCCUCCGGGCCAUGGCCCAGUGGUGGGACCCUCUGCUAUUGUUAGGGGGCUCCCAUGGGCUGAGUUAUAUCCUGCAAGGUGAUCACGACAAACACAUUCCUCCGAGGAUGGGGUGCUCUGUACGAAGGCAAUUCGAUUCGUGGGGUAUGGACACUGGUGCAGAGCACACUGCAUGUCAAUUACCCGGAGUAUCUGGGGCUCAGGCGCUUCCCCUUGUUUUUGUCGGGCUGGCUUGUGCUGGUCAGAACCGUCUAUGUCAGUGGUGGCGUGCAUCAACAGAUGGGGAGAGACUCUGUCUCUUUCCCUCCUAACCUUGGAUCGCUCCCUAUUGCUGGGGAGCAGUGCGCCCAGGUAUGGGACAUUUUCGUCAGGGCCGACUUAAAUCUUUAUGCAUUGCGAAAAAAUGCACAGUGUCGUCUAUUUUUCUCUAUAAGGGACCCAAGUGCCCCUUUGGGAACUGACGCACCAGUGGCCUCAGACCCUCCUUUACGCAGUUCCACCAGUGGUUCUGAUUCAGCCCACGUUGGAGUGGGUGCACCGGGAAGGCUUACCAUUGAUUCUUGUGGCUCCCCGUUGGCCCAAGCAGCCUUGGUUCGCCUUUUAGACGAGGACCCGUGGAAACUUCCAUUGCACAGGGACCUGUUAUUCUAGGUGCACAGGCAGGUUUGGCAAGCGAGGCCAGAGAUUUGGUUCCUAUGGGCUUGGCCCCUAAGAGGGCCAAUUAUUGCUACCAUUCAGUCUGCAAGGGCGCCCUCCGAGGGCUGUAUGUGUAUAAGUGGCAAAUGUGAGCUCUGGUGCUAAGAUAAAGGACUUUUCUGUGCAUUUCAGUACUCUGUGAGGGACAUCCUUAUGUUCCCACAGGAGCUUUUCAAGCAUUCUCAACUUUAAAAGAGUACAUGGCCGCUGUCUCAGCGUGUCAUGUGAGAAUUGACGGAACCUCACCGGGGGCUCACCUCCUGGUGGUGCUGUUCCUGGAAGGUGUACGUCAUCUCAGACCAGUCUCUAAACCUAUUGCGCCCACAUGGGACUUUGCGCUGGUUUUGGAGGCACUGUGUGCGACCCCCUUUGAGCCUCUGUAGUCGGUGGAUCUGAAGAUACUCUCCUACAAAACCUCCCUGCUCAUGGCUUUGGCCUCGGCUAAACUUGUUGGAGACAACCGCGUUAUCCGUACACCCUUCCUGUACUCAGUUUGACCGGGUCGACUCUUAGGGUGACGUUGCAUCCAAAUGCUACCUUCGCCCCGGAAGUCAUGGCUAUGUCCUAGAUGUCCUUAGCUUUUGAGCUAUUUCCCUUUUCGCCACCUCCUUUUGCUUCUGAAGAGCAACAGAGGUUACAUGCCCUGUGUCCAGUGCGAACUGACGCGGGAUAUCCGCUUAUGUGACCAACUUUUUGUCUGUUUAGCUAAUCCAGCUUGCGGCAGGGCGCUCCCUAAGCAGCGUCUCUCCCACUGGAUUGUGGAGGCUAUCUCCCUGGCAUAUAGCAGCAACGGGCAAGGGUUACCUAGUGAUGUACGCGCCCACUCCACCAGGGGUCUGGCAGCGUCUUGGGCGUUGUUUAAAGGGUUGAAUAUAGGAGAUAUUUGCGCUGCGUAGAGUUGGGCAUCACCGCACACUUUUGUGAGGUUUUAUCGCUUGGAUGUAACUGCUCCCAGUAUAGCACAGUGUGCUUAUGGCUGGGACAGGGGAUUGUCACUAGGCAGUGCGCCGUGUGCGCAAUAUCCAGUCUGCCGCAUUUGGCGGGGUCAGGUCUGGGUGGUCUGCCAUGGGCCGUUUCAUUUAUACUGAACAAAAAUGUAAAGUUACAGUCAAUUGAAAUACAUUUAUUAGGCCCUAAUCUAUGGAUUUCACAUGACUGGGAAUACAGAUAUGCAUCUGUUGGUCACAGAUACCUUUAAAAAAAAGGUAGGGACGUGGAUCAGAAAGCUAGUCAGUAUCUGGUGUGACCACCAUUUGCUUCAUGCAGUACGACACAUCUCCUUCGCAUAGAGUUGAUAAGACUGUUGAUUGUGGCCUGUGGAAUGUUGACCCACUCCACUUCAAUGGCUGUAGAAGUUGCUGGCUAUUGGUGGGAACUGGAACAUGCUGCCGUACACAUCAAUCCAGAUCAUCCCAAACAUGCUCAAUGGCUGACAUGUCUGGUGAGUAUGCAGGCCAUGGAAGAACUGGGACAUUUUCAGCUUCCAGGAUUGUGUACAGCUCCUUGCGACAUGGGGCCAUGCAUUCUCAUAGUGAAACAUGAGGUGAUGGCGGCGGAUGACUGGCACGAAAAUGGGCCUCAGGAUCUCGUCACGGUAUCUCUGUGCAUUCAAAUUGCCAUCGAUAAAAUGUAAUUGUGUUCAUUGUCCGUAGCUUAUGCCUGCCCAUACCGUAAACCCACCGCCACCAUGGGACACUCUGUUCUCAUUGUUGACAUCAGCAAACCGCUCGCCCACAUAAUGCCAUACACGUGGUCUGCGGUUGUGAGGCCGGUUGGACAUAUUGCCAAAUUCUCUAAAACGAUGUUGGAGGUGGCUUAUGAUAGAGAAAUGAACAUUUUAAUUAUCUUACAACAGCUCUGGUGGUUAUUCCUGCAGUCAGCAUGCCAAUUGCACACUCCUUCAAAACUUGAGACAUCUGUGGCAUUGUGUUGUGUGACAAAACUGCACAUUUUAGUGGCCUUUUAUUGUCCCCAGCACAAUGUGCACCUGUGUAAUGAUCAGGCUGUUUAAUCAGCUUCUUGAUAUGCAAAGGAGAAAGGCUCACUAACAGGGAUGUAAACAAAUUGGAGCCAAAAAUGUUAGAGAAAUAAGCUUUUAGCGCAUAUGGAACAUUUCUGGGAUCUUUUAUUUCAGCUCAUGAAACAUGGGACCAACACUUUACAUGUUGCAUUUUAUAUUUUUGUUCAGUGUAGUAUCCGUAGGGGUCGGCUUGGGGCGUGAUUAUAUUUCCCCAUAGUAUGUUGUACCAAAGUUGACUGACUGAAACUACUGUUCCCUGAAGGAGGGAAAUGAGGUACAACACCUGUUUCGCCCCACACCGCCCGUUCCUUGUGCUCGGUGAAGAGUGGUAUUAAAUUGAAGGAAUGAAUCCGAGCCUCACGCUUAUCACCUGUGGAAGGUGGGGCUUCCAGCGAGGCGCAGAUUUCAUUGGCCUUGUCAGGCGUGAUUGUAGAUCCUUCAACCGAAGUCGCGAGAGUGCGACUCCCCAUAGUAUGUUGUACCUCGUUUCCCCUCCUUCAGGGAACAGUAGUUAUAGUCAUAAUGUUACGUUGUCUCUUUACAGGAUUGCAUCAGUAGUCCACAAGAACCUGCAUGUCUACAAGCCCAUGGAGAUAGCCAGGAUCACACAAGCCCUGAUCCUGCUGCAUUACCAGAGUCCAGAGCUCUUCACUAAAUUAAGGAACAUUCUGGUUCAGUGAGUAAUUAUUGUAAAGAAUUCUCUGCCCACUAAGCUCCUUUAUGUUUGUAGACAGGUCACUCUUAUUGCAUACUAUACAGUAUGAGUAAGCUAAUACAACUUCUUCUCACAGCUUCUUGCUGGACAGUGUCUACCCAUAUGAAGUGACCAUGCUGACUCGUGUUCUCUCCAUGCUACCUUCACCUCGACUCGACGAAGGCGUCAUUUCACGGGUGGAGGCAGUGCUGCCCCAGUGUAAUCUGAAUGACCUUAACACCUUUGCAAUGGCCAUCGCUAAGUGGGUGCGCAAUGACCCGUCCUACCGACACAACACGCCCAGCAAGUAUGUGUGUCUGCUACAGACACUGAACCGCUGCGGGCAUGAGCGCCUGCGCAAGGCUGACCGCCUGGACUUGGUGUUGGAGGAGCUCAAGUAUAUGUCAGGGGAAUGGUUUGAGGAGAUGCUGCUGGAGGAGACCAUGGUUACACUCCAGAGGUUGGAGGGACAGAUAUCCUGGACCAAUGUGCCUGAGAUGGCCCUUUUCCUGACCAGGACUAAUCACCUCUGUACUCCAUUAAUGGACCGCAUCGCUAGCGUGACCAUGGAGCAUAUCAACAAGGUACUUUCAGACAUGACACAUUACCUUUUAUUUCACAUUAGGGAAUACUGUUAUAUUGCCUGUAUGUAUGUAUGUAUGUAUGUAUGUAUGUAUGUAGAGACAUAGAAUGUAAGUAUAGUAUAUAACUAUUUUGUUUCUCUUUCCUGAAGAUUCACUACUCAGCGACUUAUGCCACCUUGCUGCCCUUUGCUGUACUGAAUUAUGAUCCACCGAGGGUGGAUGAGCUGUUUGACAUCUGCAUUCAGCGCGCCGUACCUCAUAUCAGUAAGUGAUUGUGGAUUAUGUUAUAUUUUUGGAACUCAUCAAAAGGACCAGCCAAAUACAUUGAUCUUCUUCCUCCAGGUUCCUUUGACCCCCAUCUGAUGGUACUUCUUGCAUACGCCCUGGCUGUGGCUGACUGCUUCCCAGAGGACCUGGUUAGAGAAAUCUUCAAUGUGGAUUUCCUUGCCAAGCUGGAUUCCCAGUUAGAAAGUAUGUUAUCGAAUUAUAUUAGAAAUGUGUGAAUGAAUACAAACAUCUAUCAUGUUUCCCUUACUAUCUAAAAAAUAAAAUCCAAUCAAGGUUGAAUUUGAUACAAAUGCAAAACAAUAUAAACUCAGUGGCCAGUCUACUAGGUACACCAAUCUAGUACCGGGUCGGACCCCCCCUUUGCCAUUACCAUUACACCACUGCCACCAACCUGUAUCGUUGACACCAGGCAGGAUGGGGCCAUGGACUCAUGCUGCUUACGCCAAAUCCUGACUCUGCCAUCGGUAUGACGCAGCAGGAACCAGGAUUCGUCGGACCAGGCAACGUUUUUCCACUCCUCUGUUGUCCAGUGUUGGUGAUCGUGAGCCUAUUGGAGCCGCUUCUUCUUGUUUUUAUCUCAUAGGAGUGGAACCCAGUGUGGUCGUCUGCUGCAAUAGCCCAUCUGUGACAAGGACUGACAAGUUGUGCGUUCUGAGAUGCCGUUCUGCACACCACUGUUGUACUGUACCGUUAUUUGCCUGUUUGUGGCCCGCCUGUUAGCUUGCACGAUUCUUGCCAUUCUCCUUCGACCUCUCAUCAACGAGCUGUUUUCUUCCACAGGACUGCUGCUGACUGGAUGUUUUUUGUUUGUCGCAUCAUUCUCGGUAAACCCUAGACCCUGUCGUGCGUGAAAAGCCCAGGAGGCCGGCCGUUUCUGAGAUACUGGAACCGGUGCACCUGGCACCGACAAUCAUACCACGCUCACAGUUUUGCCCAUUCUAACAUUCAAUCGAACAGUAAAUGAAUGCCUCGAUGCCGGUCUGCCUGCUUUAUAUAGCAAGCCAUGGCCACAUCACUCACUGUCUGUAGGAGCUAACCCUUUUUGUGAACAGGGUGGUGUACCUAAUAAACUGGCGUGUAGUAUAAAAAGGUUGUAUUAUAAGAAGGUUGAAUGUUAUGAGAUAAGGCUGGUGGGAUAAGCUAAACUCUCUAUUUUGUGGUAGCCCUGCCUGACGCCCUCAACAAGCGGAUCCGCCUGCGUCUCAUGGAGCUAAAUCGAGCUGUGUGUCUGGAGUGUCCAGAGUCCCAGGUGCCCUGGUUCCACGAGCGUUACUGCCAACAGUUACAGAAGAAAGGUGAGCCAAUACUGAAUUUUUUUUUUUUUACUGAUAUUUGUGGAUGUCCCCAGUUCCUACUUCACAAAUGUUGAGGGUUUAAUUUCACGCUUACUUUUGUCAGGGAAUUGUUCCAUCAGUCCUGUCCAACAACAAAUCCACAAAAUGCUUGGGGAAGUUCUUGGAGGGAUUAAUUGUGCCAGAGUGGCAGUGCUCACUCCUUAUUUCUACACAGUAGGUGGGUAAUACACAGGAUUGGAUUGCAACAUGUUUGAUAGCAGUUGGCUCCUCCCUUACGAAAAAAGAUUGCAGCCAGAGUGCAGUAUAACGACAGUAUGCUGUAAAUACUGCAUCCAAAAUGUUUGUUUUUUACUGCAGUAAUUUUGCAGUGUAACUGUAGUUAGAGUGCAGUUCAACUGCAGUACACUGCAGUUAUUCUGCAAUCACUGCGUCCAAAAUACCACAGUCGACUGCAGUUACUGCACUUUUACUGGUUUCAAAACUGCAAUCUUUUUUUGUAAGGCCUGAGUCCUGACCAUGUGUUAUGUUAGUGGAUUAGUAUUACACUAAAAACGUAAUCAAAUGUGUGUGUCACCUGUUGUUCUAGUUGUGUGCUGUAUUUCCUCUUAUCUCCCUAGACUUUGAAUGUGUUCUGGACAGACACCACCAGGCGGUAGCCUACAGUGAGCAAAGUCAGCUGCAGAUAUCUGAAGAUGGGAAGGUCCGCUGGGGUUCUGACUCUGUAGGGAAGGAGAGGAGUGAGGUCCCUCCAGGUGCACAACGGUAGGAAACUUUAUUGGUAGAUUUCAGAACUUUUGGUUGAAAAUGUUUUGCUGAUGUGCAACACAUGGGUAAACACAUUGAAAGGGAUUUCACAGGUACUGAUGUUUUUCCUUUUUCACUUGCUCAGUGUUGCUGUGGACUUCUUGGAUUCCAAAUCCUUCUGCAAAAACUCUCGUCACAUGAAAGGGGAAGCCAUGAUGAGAAAGAGACAUCUGGAGAUUCUGGGAUAUCAUGUUGUCCAGGUAUGUGUGUGAAAUAUAAUCUGUCUGUACUGAAAGUGGUAUUAAUGUAUAUAAAAUUGUACAUCACUGAUUAAUGGUAAUGUCAUUUAAACAGAUCCCUCAUUUUGAAUGGAACUCUAUGGAGCUCUCCACACAGGAUGCAUGGAAGGAAUACCUUAGGAAGAAGAUAUUUACUGGGCUUCCCUGAAGCACCUAGAUGUUGAAUCAAUGACAUGUGUUAUAUUGCUUUUGCUACUGAACUGUGAGAGAAAAAGUCUGCCUUUGGAAAUUUAUAUUUGCAGGCAGGUCAUUGACAAUUAUUGUUAAGCAUUAGAUGUUUAUCAAGUGCUCCUUAUUGCCUACUCCAAAGCCUAAAGGGGACAUGGAGCUAACUCACCUCCUGCCAAGAUAAAUUCUAUCAGGCUUUUUAUAUGAACUGUAACAUUUGUC